AUGCUCAGAAAGCUCCACUCCAUCCUUCACUCCGGCCAGCACAGGAAGGCAGAGGUGGCGGAGAGCCCUCACUACCACGGCCCCAGCCCCGCCGUCAGGCUGACCCGCACCAGCUCCGUGUACGUGGUCGGGGACCACGGCGAGAAGUUCAGCGAGUCCUUAAAGAAAUACCGGAGCGCCGGCAGCAUGGACACCAGCCUGUGCUACCUGCGGCGGGAGGGGGACCGCGCGUGGAUGCUCUCGCGCACCCAGGACUGCCUGCACUACUUACAGGAGCUGCUGGCCUUGCGCAAGAAGUACCUUAGCAGCCUCAACGACCUGAAGCCCAGCCGCGCGCCGGGCUUCUCCUCCACCUCCUCGAAAUCCUCCAGGGCCGUAAAGAAGUGCGCCGCCAAAGAAAUGAAGAAACCCACCCCCAAGCAGUACUCCCAGUUCAGCGCGGACGUGGCGGAGGCCAUCGCCUUCUUUGACUCCAUCAUCGCAGAGCUGGAUACGGAGAAGCGGCCGCGGGCUGCGGAGGUGGACUUGCAGAAUGAAGACGUGGACUUCGAUGUGGCCACCAGCUCCCGGGAGCAUAGCCUGCACUCCAACUGGAUCCUCAGGGCGCCCCGACGGCGCUCCGAGGACGUCGCGGGACACACGACAGCUGGCCAGUUCCGGAGGAGCACGGAGCGCCGGACCAUCAGCACGCAGAGGAGACUCGAGAGGCACCCCAUUUACUUGCCCAAGGCUGUGGAAGGGGCCUUCAGCACUUUGAAAUUUAAGCCCAAAGCCUGCAAAAAAGACCUUGGGAGCUCCAGACAGAUCCUCUUCAACUUCUCGGGAGAAGAUAUGGACUGGGACUCGGAGCUCUUUGCGCUGGAGCCCCCGGCGUCCCCCGGGGAGGACCAGUAUGAGACAGAGAACCCCCGAGGGCAGUGGCUGCUUCGGGAGCGACUCUGGGAGCGGACAUAUGGAUUCAUCAAUACCUGUCUGCAGUCGCUUGUGAUAGAGAAAUUUGGUGAAGAGACUUGGGAAAAAUUGAAAGUUUCUGCAGAUGAGCAAGACGCCUUCAUGACUUACACGGUGUAUGAUGAUGUCAUCACCAUUAAGCUCAUUCAAGAGGCCUGCAAGGUUCUUGGGGUCUCUAUGGAAGCCAUUCUGAAACUCUUUGGGGAAUACUUCUUUAAAUUCUGCAAAAUGUCUGGCUAUGACCAGAUGUUACGGACCCUGGGAGGAAACCUCACAGAGUUUAUUGAAAACCUAGAUGCUCUCCACAGCUACCUGGCACACUCCUAUCAGGAGAUGAAUGCACCAUCCUUUCGUGUGGAGAGAGGGGCAGAGGGGAAGAUGCUUCUCCAUUACUAUUCUGAUAGAAGCGGUCUGUGCCACAUUGUACCAGGGAUCAUUGAAGCUGUGGCCAAGGACUUCUUCGACACUGACGUGACCAUGGACAUCCUUGACGUGAAUCAGGAGGAGGAGAGGACGGGGAAGAAGGAGCACGUUGUGUUUUUGAUUGUGCAAAAGUCACACGGACAGAUGAGAAGGGCAAAGCCAAAGGGGUCACAAGACGGUCAGGACAGCCAGAGAGACCAAGAGACCCCGGAGGCAGCUUUCCUUAGGAUGAAAGAGAAAUACUUGAGUGUCUCUACUCAUGCCGUGAAAAAGUCCCGCUGGGAAGUUGUGAGGAACAUAGUCAUGUUCGAAAAAGGGCAUCUCAGGGACACCUUUGAGCCAAUUUAUCCCAAGCGGCUGUGGAUAGAAUCGAAGACCUUCUGCACUGCUUUUCCCUUCCAUGUGGUAUUUGAUGAAUCACUGCAGGUCAAACAAGCUGGAGUGAGCAUUCAGAAAUAUGUCCCAGGUCUCCAAACCCAGAAGAUUCGAUUAGAUGAGUACUUCUCCAUCGUCCAUCCCCAAGUCACCUUCAACAUUUUCAGCAUCUGCAAAUUUAUCAACAGUCAAUUUGUCCUGAAGGCGCGCAGGGAGAUGUUGCCUGCAGCCUGGAGAAGUCAGCCCGUGCUCAAACUCCGAGGCCAGAUGAUCUGGAUGGAGCCCCUGCGCUGCAUGAUAUACCUGUGCUCCCCCAGGCUCCGCAGCCUGCAGGAGUUGGAGGAGCGCCGGAUGCACCUCUCCGACAUCGCCCCCCACGACCCCACCAGGGACCUCAUUCUCAACCAGCAGCGCCUGGCGGAGAUGGAGCUGUCCAACCAGCUGGAGAGGAGGAAGGAGGAGCUGCGGGUCCUCUCUACGCACUUAGCCGCGGAAAAGAAGAAGACGGAGGCCUUGCUGUACGCCAUGCUACCUGAGCACGUGGCCAACCAGCUGAAGGAGGGCAGGAAGGUCGCCGCAGGAGAAUUUAAAACCUGCACGAUUCUCUUCAGCGACGUGGUGACGUUUACAAACAUCUGUGCUGCCUGCGAACCUAUUCAGAUAGUGAACAUGCUGAAUUCGAUGUACUCCAAGUUCGACAGGUUAACCAGCGUCCAUGAGGUCUACAAGGUGGAAACAAUAGGAGAUGCUUAUAUGGUGGUGGGGGGUGUACCAGUGCCUGUUGGAAGCCAUGCUCAGAGGGUAGCAAACUUUGCCUUGGGGAUGAGGAUUUCUGCAAAAGAAGUGAUGAAUCCUGUUACUGGAGAACCCAUCCAGAUCAGAGUGGGGAUCCACACGGGACCAGUCUUGGCAGGUGUCGUGGGGGACAAGAUGCCACGGUACUGCUUGUUUGGAGACACUGUGAACACAGCCUCUCAGAUGGAAAGUCAUGGGCUUCCCAGCAAAGUGCAUCUCAGCCCCACGACCUACAGAGCCCUGAAGAAUCAAGGGUUUGAAAUAACCGAGCGGGGUGAAAUCGAAGUGAAAGGGAAAGGGAAGAUGACCACAUACUUUCUGAUCCGAAACCUGAAGGCCUCAGAGGAUGAGAUCAUGGGGAAACCUCAGGCUCAGCUUGAUUCCGAGGAAGCAAGUGAUCAGGGAAGUCGGGACGGCAAGACUCUGGCUGUCAUGAGGUACGAGGACAGCUGGCAGCUGCCCAAGGGUGACACGGCCUGUGCUGCUGACUGGUCAGCACCCAAAGGGAGUCCAGCGGAGGGACGGGCACCCAGGGAGGCAGCAGACAGACCUCGGCCUUCAGCUCAGACAGAGACACGUGGCCUUCCUGAUGGGCCGCUGCCGUCUGGCCUCUGCGCUUUGUUGUGA